ACAAGCGGCCCGGCCCGGCUCUGCCGGCCUGGGUUGAAGAAGAAGAAGCAGAAGAAAGAGGCGACGGCCGUGAGGAGGAAAAGGGCGUCUGACAGGCCGCGCCUCGGGCCUACCAGUGCCGCCGCCACCCCCAGAAGGAAAGCGAGCGAGCCGGGCCUGCACCAUGUUUAACGUGGAGAGCCUCGAGCGGGCCGAGCUGGGGGAGAGCCUGCUCACCUGGAUCCAGACAUUCAGUGUUGAAGCACCGUGUCACACUGUAGAAGAUUUAACCAAUGGAGUGGUGAUGGCCCAAGUACUUCAGAAGAUAGAUCCGGCAUACUUUGAUGAAAACUGGUUAAAUAGAAUCAAAACAGAAGUAGGAGACAACUGGAGACUGAAGGUAAGCAAUCUGAAGAAAAUUUUAAAAGGAAUUUUGGAUUACAAUCAUGAGAUUUUGGGGCAACAAAUCAAUGAUUUCACCCUUCCUGAUGUUAACUUGAUUGGGGAGCAUUCAGAUGCUGCUGAGCUUGGAAGAAUGCUUCAACUCAUUCUGGGAUGUGCUGUAAACUGUGAACAAAAACAAGAAUACAUCCAGACCAUCAUGAUGAUGGAGGAGUCUGUUCAACACGUUGUCAUGACAGCCAUCCAGGAGUUGAUGAGUAAAGAAUCUCCAGUCUCUGCUGGAAAUGAUGCUUACGUUGAUCUUGACCGCCAGCUGAAGAAAACUACAGAAGAAUUAAAUGAUGCCUUGGCAACUAAAGAAGAAAUUGCUCAGAGAUGUCAUGAACUAGAUAUGCAGGUUGCUGCACUGCAAGAGGAGAAAAGUAGUUUGCUUGCUGAAAAUCAGAUCUUGAUGGAACGGUUAAAUCAGUCGGAUUCUAUAGAAGAUCCUAAUAGUCCAGCAGGACGUAGACACCUGCAACUACAGACGCAGUUAGAACAGCUCCAAGAAGAAACAUUCAGAUUAGAAGCAGCAAAGGAUGAUUAUCGAAUUCGUUGCGAAGAGUUAGAGAAAGAAAUUACAGAAUUGCGGCAACAGAAUGAAGAAUUAACAAAUCUCGCUGAAGAAGCUCAAUCUUUGAAGGACGAGAUGGAUGUGCUCAGGCAUUCCUCUGACAAAGUUGCCAAGUUAGAAAGCCAGGUGGAAUCCUAUAAAAAGAAGCUGGAAGAUUUAGGGGAUCUUCGGCGACAGGUGAAACUCCUGGAGGAGAAGAACACAAUGUACAUGCAAAACACUGUAAGCUUGGAAGAAGAAUUGAGGAAAGCCAACGCAGCCCGGAGUCAGCUGGAAACUUAUAAGAGACAGGUAGUUGAACUCCAGAAUAGAUUCUCUGAAGAAUCCAAGAAGGCAGACAAAUUAGAAUUUGAGUUCAAGAUGCUGAAAGAAAAAGUAGACAGUCUACAAAAAGAAAAAGAUCGGCUAAGGACAGAGAGAGACUCUUUAAAAGAAACAAUUGAAGAGAUUCGAUGUGUACAAGCCCAAGAAGGACAGCUUACCACUUCAGGAUUGUUACCACUGGAAGGUCAGGAGUCUUCAGACAGUUUAGCAGCAGAAAUUGUUACCCCUGAAAUCAAGGAAAAACUCAUUCGCCUUCAGCAUGAAAACAAAAUGUUGAAGCUUGACCAAGAAGGGUCUGACAAUGAGAAGAUCGCCUUGCUGCAAAGCCUCUUGGAUGAUGCCAAUCUCCGAAAGAAUGAAUUGGAGACAGAAAACAGGCUUGUAAAUCAGAGACUGCUCGAAGUACAGUCUCAGGUUGAAGAACUGCAAAAAUCUUUACAGGAGCAAGGUUCAAAAGCUGAAGAUUCUGUCAUUCUGAAGAAGAAACUUGAUGAACACCUCGAAAAGCUACAUGAAGCUAACAAUGAGCUACAGAAAAAACGUGCAAUCAUUGAAGAUCUAGAACCUCGAUAUAACAAUAGUUCACUCAAGGUAGAAGAAUUACAAGAAGCUUUGCGGAAAAAGGAAGAAGAAAUGAAGCAAAUGGAAGAGAGAUACAAAAAGUACUUGGAAAAAGCCAAAAGUGUUAUCCGUACAUUAGACCCCAAGCAGAACCAGGGCUCCGGACCUGAGAUUCAGGCUCUGAAGAAUCAGCUGCAAGAACGUGAUAGGAUGUUCCAUUCUUUAGAGAAAGAAUUUGAAAAAACGAAGAAUCAAAGAGAAACAGAAGAAAAAUUCAUCGUCACUGCCUGGUACAACAUGGGGAUGACUCUUCAUAAAAAAGCAGCAGAAGAUAGACUUGCUAGCACAGGUUCUGGACAGUCCUUCCUGGCUAGACAGAGGCAAGCCACCAGCACAAGAAGAGCUUAUCCAGGCCACGUCCAGCCAGCGGCAGCAAGAAUUCAACGAUUUGAAGAUUUCUCCAUUGGUUAAGAAGAGGCAUCCAUUUGACUUCCGGGGCAACACUUCAAAACGUUUGUUAUGCGCUAACAAUGUAAAGAACAGGCCAUGCAUAGGGUUGAUUCUGUCCUCCUGUAACUGUUUGGAAAUCCUAGGAAGUGGGUCUUUGGUAGCGUUUGAUUCACUGUGUGGCUGAAUACGACAGAUGACUGGUGCUCCGCGUUGUUAAAUUGUCAUGAGGAAAGUUAGAAAGUAUUGAUCAGGAGGAAAUUGGUCACCACCUUUUGCACUGAAAUAUAUUUGGUUGGUUUUAGGCUCUUUGGGUGCUGUCUUUAAAUGGUUAUUCAUUACUUAAUGUCUGUUCUGAUAGGCUAGUAAGGAGGUUGAGGUUACUAAGUUGCCUUGCAGAUGGCACCAGUGCAAGGCGAUUCUGGCGUGCAAGCUCCUUUCUGUGCCAAAUCUUUAUGCACAGCUGUGAAAUUAUGAAUACUUGGUCUCCAUCAUGAAAUAAAAACAGCAUUUCUCUUUGGAUUCUGGUUCUGCAGAGCAGUCCAAACGUUAUUUCCUUCGCCUUCAAAUUAAGGUUCAUGAAGUUUGAGAUUGCUCAUGGGGCAUUUCUGUAUGGAUUCACCAUUAAAUUAAUUUGUAAGUCUUGUUUAAUAUCAGUUAUACCGUUUAGGGUGCUUGGAUUUCAGCAGAGAAUUUCUCUUGCUUUACAUCUUUCUUAAAAAGUCAACAAUGAGAUGCAUUUUUUUUUAAAGUAGCAGAAAUUUUUACUUUGAAAUGCGUCUGUAUUUUUUUAACAUCAUGUUUCAUUUCAAAAUGUUAAUUUUUUCACCCUCAUUUUUUCAAGAGUGCACAGUACAUUUUAGUAAUAAAAGCAACACUUGUUCUUAUUAAGAUGAAACAUGCAGGCCCUCUUUAGUAGUAAAAUUAGGUGAAGUGGCGUUUUUUGCUACCUUAAUGAACAGAGGAUAGAGAGAUCUGAAAUUGAGUGUACAAGCAAAAUUAUUAGGUGUCCAUCUUAUUUCUGGUGCUGGUUAAAUUUGUUACUAAGUAAUACACUGCUUACAGAGCCACACCUGUUAGUCUUGAACAAUACCACAUUUGGCUAUGAUCAAGACUGACCUAAGUCUAGGUAUGUAAGAUAGCUACUGUUCUUAAUUUUGGCACUGGUGUCCUUCACUAUGCAAAACAAUGUAAAACCCUGUUCAAGGCGAAAAUUUUUGUCUCCAAGUUAUGCUUAAUCUGAUAAAAUUAUUACCGUUUAGUUCUGUGCCUGAAUGAAACUUGAAUACAACCUUUAUAAAUGGACUGGCCUGUGUUCCAGCUUCUUUAUUCUCCCUGCUGGUUUUCCUUUUUCUGUUUAUUUGAUUUGGGAUUUUUCUCUUCCGUGGCAUCUUUUGGUUUCUCAUUCUUCUUUAAUCUUUCCACUUUCAUGAAAGGUUUUUCUCCGCUUCGGCUUUUUUUCUUGAUUUCAUUGAGGUGGUUAGACAUGUAAUUUUUAAAAGCCCAGUGUUUUGAAAAUAUCAAGACCUCACAAUUAAAAACUGCAUUUUUAUCUGAUAUUCUGAUUUAAUUUUGUUUUGAAAAUUGAACAUGCAAAAUAAGCAUGAAAAACUGCUAUCAAGAACUAAUUUAGAAAAUGUUAGCUGCACUAAGUCCUAUUGAAAUCAAUAGGAUAUUAGCCUUAAUUAAAGUAUGUCAUUAAUUCAGUGGGAUUGUUACAACUUUCUUUCUCACGAUUGCAGUCAUUGUGUCUUGCUGCUGUUUGAAGGUUUUUUGUCGUGGAGAAAAACCUUUCUAAAAUAUCUGGGUGGAAUGGAAAUGAUUCGUGCAUGUUCUGAGAAAAUUCACAAAUUUGCUAAAAGGGAGAGUUCUUUAAAAAAUCCAGAAUGGGUUUUCUAAUAGAGGUUAAAGUGUAGAAGUUAAAGUGUAAGCGUUGUACUAUAUAAGGAUAUAAAAGUUCCUCAAUUUUCCUAAUUUUAACAUUAACAUCAAAUUCCCAGAGAGGAUCUGCGUGAAAAUGUAUCCCCAGUUGUUAAAGAUUAUGAUUUUAUGCAUCGUUGAUUAACUUUCUUCAUUGGUUUGUUGUCUUCUGAAUUCUUUUGUGCAAGGUAUACUUUUAGCGUUUCAAAAAAUUAUCAAAGCCUUACUUAUUAUAAUUUCUAAGGGAUAAUGUUAAAAAAGCUAGACAAAUGUAUUUUACUCCAAUAAACCCCCAGAUGUUCCUUUUAUGUUUGUAUUCUUUUCCUAAUUGGGACAUCUGGUAGAUAUGAGUCAUCACUCCCCCCACCCCCCACUGAAUAUGGUCUUUACUUAAUUAAAUAUCAGUUAACAUGGUCACCAUUGGAUAUUGAAACUGAAGGGAAUGUUUGAAAUUUAUCUCUGGUCAGAAUUGUAAAAUGAUUUUAUAACUUGCUGACAAAGCAUAUAUGUUUCUGACUUGGUUAUUAAAUAAUAGCAAUGAUAGGGAAAAAAAACCCGUCUCCUAAUGAUAAUGAAGAAACGCAAUUUUUCACUUUGGUCCAGGUCAUCCACAUGUUUGUGAAGUGGAGGGCCUUGUGUACAUGCAUGUGUGCACAAAUGCAACAUCUGAUAUGGAAACGUUAUGUAUUUCCACAGGUGGUUGCAUAUACUUUGUGCUCUUUCCCCCUAAGAAUAUAAAAGCAGCCCUGCUGGAUCACUCCAGUGAUCCAUCUAGUCCAGCAUCCUGUUUCACACAGUGGCCAAUCACAUGUCACAGAGAUCCCCGCAAGCAAGGCCCUAACAAAAAUGGGCAAGGGAAAUUGCAUGUUGCUGCUCCACUAAAUACAAAUGGAAUCAAUAGUCAUAUAGUUAUAGUCAGGGCUUUUUUCUGGGAAAAGAGGUGGUGGAACUCAGUGGGUUG